AUGUUGUUUAUUCCGUCAUUAAUUUUACUAUUACUCACUGGACAAGCUGUCUAUUCACAGCAUUUCACCACUGGCAUUGAAAACUCGGAAAGGUACGACUUUCAAUGUGCACUUUGGUUUCUUCCUUACUUUAUCAUCUUUUUUCAAAUUCCCACCGGUUUCUUUUCGAUUUUUUUUUCUCGAAAUUGA